UGAACCGGAUCACUUCCCUUGGCUUGUAGGCUAUUCAGCAAGAUCAUCAGCAGCAGCAGGUGACCUUCUCUCAUGGGGCUGUAGUUAAACACAGAUAUUCUGUGGUCACAGGAUGCGUAGCCUGUAACUGCUCUGCCAGUUACUAUCCACACAUCAAGCCCAGGGAGCGAGUUCCCCCCACCAGCUCUGCGUGGAAGCGGAGGGCUCUGCUGGGUGUUAUCGCAUCACACUAUCUGAUUGUGCUGAAGCCCAGCGAUCAUGGAAAUGAGCCUGUUGAUGGAGGUAAAUUUUUUAUAAAAUCAUGUAGCUGGAUGGACAGAAGGGAAAAAAUACCGCUUUAAUACCCAAAUUAGACACAAAUGAAUGUCCGGCAUGCUGCCAGGGAUGCUGCGGAGCGUCGCCGUGCUGGUGCUGCUCUCCCUGCCUGGCAGCAGCGUGCUGGCAGGCGCAGGCACCGGCUACCCCUCCUUCUCCCGCAGUGACACCGUUUUCGAGCACCUGGCCCUGCACCCUAAUCCGGAGGUGGGCACGGUUUAUGUGGGGGCUCGCAACCGUCUUUUCCAGCUGGACCGAGAUCUGAGGGAGACACUGGAGGUGCUUACGGGGCCGGUGAAUGACAGCAAGGAGUGCCUGCCCCCCAUCACGGAGACCAACUGCCCCCAGGCUCGCAUCACCAGUAACCACAACAAGUUGCUGCUGGUGGACCACUACUCCCAGCAGCUGAUCAGCUGCGGAAGCGUCAACCAGGGCAUCUGCGAGAAGCGCAGCCUCGCCAACAUCCAAGAGGUGCUUUUCUCGGCCGAGAGGCCCGUGGACACACAGUACGUGGCGGCCAAUGACCCCCACGUCUCCACCGUGGGUCUGGUGGUGCGGCCGCGCGCCAAGGUGCCAGUGCUGUUCGUGGGCCGGGGCUACACCAGCAGUCACCCGCCCAUCUCCACCCGCAACCUGGCCUCCGAGCCCCUGUUCUCCUACGAGGAGACGGCCAAGCUGGCGGUGGCCGGCCGGCUGUCCGAGUACGACCACCACUUCGUCACCGCCUUCUCCCGCCAUUCCCACGUUUACUUCCUCUUCUGCCGGCGGGAUCUGAAGUCCCCGUCGCGGGAGUACAAGACGUACGUGUCGCGCAUAUGCCUGGACGACGCGUCGUAUUACUCGUAUGUGGAGGUGCCCCUGGAAUGCCACUCGGCGCGGCGCGGGGUCACCUACAGCAUUCUGCAGGCAGCGCAUCUGGGCCAGCCGCGCGAGGCUCAGGGCAGGGAGGUGCUCCUAGGGGUGUUCUCCACCCGCCUCAGCUCCUCCGGCUCCCCCAGCGAGGACUCGGCCCUAUGCGUCUACUCCCUGGAAGACCUGGACCAGCAGAUCAACUCCACACGGGACGUGUGCUACACUCAGGACGGCCGGAUCCAGGGGAGCACAGAGGUGGCCUACAUUGAGUACGAGGUCAAAUCCAACUGCGCCAACCUACCCUUGAACACCCUGGCAGCCUUCCCCUGCGGCUCGGACCACACCCCCAGCCCCAUGGCUAGCCGCGUGCCUGUGGAGGCAGAGCCGCUCUUCUACAGUGCUGGGGGGCGCCUGACGGCCGUGACCGCCAGUGUCAGGGAGGGGCACACUGUCGCCUUCCUGGGGGAUUCCAGGGGGAACCUGCACAAGGUGUUUCUGGGACCUGCAGGUGAGGUAGAUAACUACGCCAGCAUCUCUAUCCAGCCCAACGCAGCCAUCAGCAGCGACCUCCUGCUGGACAAGACCGAGAGUUACCUGUAUGUGAUGACCAGCACGACGGUGGAGAAGCGCGCCGUGGCGGAGUGCCACGAGAGGCCGGACUGCCAGUCGUGCCUGUCCACGCGUGACCCGUACUGCGGCUGGUGUGUGCUGCAGGGAAGGUGCAGCCGGCGCUCGGAGUGCGACCGCGGCCAGCAGCCGGGACAGUGGCUGUGGAGCUUCGAGCGACAGCAUCGCUGCCUUGCUGUCCGCACCGUGAAUCCGGCCAGCGUCAGCCAUGGCGAGAGGAGAAACGUUUUCUUGGACGUGCCGGGGCUCCCCUCCCUCCUGCAGGGGGAGGGCUACUCCUGCUUCUUCCAGGAGCACGAGAGCCAUGCCAGCGUCACGGGGAGCGGCGUUAUGUGUGCCUCCCCAGAGCCCAGCCGAGCGCCGCCCAUAGCGCCAGGAGAGGACUCGGCCACGGUCACCCUGUCCGUCCGCUUCGGCCUGGUCACCGUCGCCAUCGCCAACUUCACCUUCUACAGCUGCGCUGCGGUCCAGCAGGUCUCCGGAAGAAUGCCAUGCCGCGGCUGUGUAAGCAGCCACUGGGGGUGCCAUUGGUGCGUUCACCAGCACCGGUGCACGCACAAGCCCGCCUGUGAGCACGGUGCCAUCAUUUAUAACGAGCAGUUCAAACUCCCCACCCCGGCUGCACCUACAGCAGCAGCCUUUACCAGCUUUACUCCCCUGGUGCCCUCUACUGCCCCCAUGCCACCCCCCACCAGCCCUGCCUCUGUGGCUACCACUGCUGCGACCCCCCAGGAAGAGAAGCCUGCAGACCCCACAUCUCCCACGGGGGUUGACUCCAGCACACAGGCUGCCAUGUUGCCCCCCACACAGCCUCCCAGCAUGCCCCCCCCAUCUACUAUGCUGAUCCAAGCUGCCACCACUGCCAACACCCAGCUUACCGAAGUCGUGACGAGCCCCCAUGUGGGGCAGGAGGCAGCGGGCACGGAGAAUCCCGCUGCUGUGGAAGAGUGGGACAGAGGGGAGAUGGAGCUUCUGCCCUCCCCUAGAGAAGAUGCUCUGACCACGGAGGAGCUGGUGGCCGUGAGCCCCACAGAGGAGUCCGUGAGCAGUCCCUCCACGCCUCACCCCUAUGGCACGCCCAAGCCUUCCCUGGACGGUGUCGACCCCACACCCAACAAUCUCACCGCGACCCCCAGCUCGGCCCCACGAGACGUCGCAGGGGGCGGCGCCGAGGAGGCGGCGGCAGAUGCCGAGGGCGACACAGUCACGUUCUCCGCCACCAUGCUCUCGGGGGACGGAGAUGAGGAUCACCCCGCCCCUGUCUAUUCACACCUGCUGGACUCCCAGUACGAAGCGGACUAUGACAUGCUGGGCGAUGAGGGGCCCCUGGAAAGCGCGGGCCCUUCAGCCUGCCCCUGCGUGCAGUCAGUCCAGGGCUCAGCCCUUGUCCCAGUCGGUGUGGAGAGGAAGAUUACCCUGCUGGGCCGUAACCUCCACCUUUUUCAGGAUGAGGAGUACGAGUGCACUGUCGUGGUUGAGGGCGGAGUGGUGCUGCUCGAUGCUUAUGUAGAAACUGAUGAGCUGGACGCCUCCGUCUUCUACAUCACCUGCCAGCUGCAUCAGUACUCGUACUCCGGCCUGCUGGAGCAGUAUGACGCCGCGGUGUCUGUGAGGAGGAGGAAAGGCUUUCCCCUGGACAGCUUUCCGGAGCAGCACGUGACCCUCUACAACUGCUCGGUGGGACGUUCGGACUGCAGCCGGUGCCACACCGCCGAGCAGGGCUAUGGCUGCGUAUGGUGUGGGGGCACUCGGUCCCGCUGCGUCCACAGGGACUCCUGCACGGACGAGGUGGCCGCCACCUGCCCGGCGCCUCUCAUCCGCUCUGUUGAGCCGUCGACAGGCCCGCUGGAGGGAGGUACUGCCAUAACCAUCUUUGGGUCCAACCUGGGACAGAAAGCCCAGGAUAUCCAGCAUUCCGUCAUGGUGGCUGGCCUCCCCUGUGCUGUCGACCUCAGCCGAUACGAGGUCUCAUCCAGAAUUGUGUGCGUGACCUCGGCCAGUGUGGAAGACAGAUCCGGCCUGGUGUCAGUGGAAGCCAGUGGUGGAGGCUAUGGCCUCUCCAGUCAAAAAUUCAGCUACCAGAACCCUGAAGUGACACAGGUGCACCCUCAGCGAGGACCGAGGGCUGGUGGCACCCUCGUGACCAUCACUGGAAGGAGUCUGCUGACAGGACAUCCCAAUGAGAUCAGCGUGAUCAUUGGGGACUUCCCAUGCGUCAUCUCUUCGAAGAUCCAAGAGGAUAAAAUCGAGUGCCAUACUGGUGCCAGCAAUAAGACAGGGGAACAUGGCGUUACGGUACGAUAUGGCAGUGUUGAGCGCCAUCUGCUGGGAAGUGCAUUCCACUACACCUUCGAUCCCAACAUCACACAGGCUGCACCUUCCAAAAGCUUCCUCAGCGGUGGGAGAAUAAUCCAUGUGAUGGGGCAGAACCUGGAUGUGGUGCAGGAGCCGCGCAUUCGGGUGACUGUUUCUCCAAAGGAGCAGCUCCAUAAUAGGAGAAGGAGGAGUAGGGGGACCAAGACAAGGAGGGAGCAAGAGCCACUGACCACACACACGGCUCCCCUGAGACAUCGGCGGAUUGUUCCAGAGACCAGCUCCCACACGGAUACCAUCCCAGACAAACAGCCAUACACAGAUCGCUGCCAAGUGAUCACAGCCUCGCUGAUCCUGUGCAGAACACCGGCUGUGAAGCCCAAUGCCUACGGCGCCCACAUCCAGGUGGACUUCCUCCUGGAUAACCUGCACGUCAACUUCGACACUGUCAGUCCAAGUGCCUUCAGCUAUGAACUGGACCCCGUCCUCCACCCGCUCAGCCGCUAUGACCCUAGCAAGCCCUACCGCUACAAACCUGGCAGCGUCAUCUCUGUGGAGGGAGAAAACCUGGACUUAGCGAUCUUCAAAGAGGAGGUGGUUGCGCUCAUUGGGGAGGGGGUUUGCUCUGUGAAGACUCUGACCCAGAACCACCUGUACUGUGAGCCCCCGGCCCAGCAGCCCCAGCCGGGGCCUGGCAGAAAGCGAGAGGGCACGGAUGGUCUACCUGAGUUCACGGUCCUCAUGGGAAACCUGAACUUCUCCCUGGGCAAGGUGGAAUACGACACCCAAGGCUUGUCCACCUUCCCCCUGGAAGCCCAGGUUGGAGUUGGCGUUGGGGCCUCCAUCCUGGCGCUCAUUGUUUUCAUCAUCGUCCUCAUAUACAGGAGGAAGAGCAAGCAGGCGUUGAGGGACUACAAGAAGGUUCAGAUUCAGCUGGAGAACCUGGAGACCAGUGUGAGAGACCGGUGCAAGAAGGAGUUCACAGACCUGAUGACGGAGAUGAUGGACAUGUCCAGUGACCUGGUGGGCUCUGGCAUCCCCUUCCUGGACUACCGUAUGUACGCUGAGCGGAUCUUCUUCCCUGGCCACCGGGAUUCGCCACUGUGCCGCGACCUUGACGUUCAGGAGUGCCGACGGCAGACCGUGGAGCAGGGCCUGGUGCAACUGUCCAACUUGCUCAACAGCAAGCUUUUCCUCACCAAGUUCAUCCACACUCUGGAGAGCCAGCGUACCUUCUCGCCCCGGGACCGAGCCUAUGUGGCCUCCCUGUUGACUGUGGCCCUGCAUGGCAAGCUGGAGUACUUCACUGACAUCCUCCGGACCCUGCUCAGUGACCUGGUGGAACAAUAUGUGGCAAAGAACCCCAAGCUCAUGCUGCGAAGAACGGAAUCUGUGGUGGAGAAACUGCUGACUAACUGGAUGUCUAUCUGCCUGUACGCCUUCCUGAGGGAUUCUGCCGGGGAGUCCCUCUACAUGCUGUUCAGGGCGAUUAAACAUCAGGUGGACAAAGGGCCUGUGGAUGCUGUGACAGGGAAGGCCAAGUACACCCUGAAUGACAAUCGUCUGCUCCGGGAGGACAUCGAGUACCACACCUUGACCCUGAAUGUGCUGAUGCAGGGUGGCAUGGGGAAUGAGGCCCAGACAGUUCCCUCUAAGGUACUGGACUGCGACACCAUCACGCAGGUAAAGGAGAAGAUCCUAGACCAGACAUAUAAGGGAACAUCAUUCUCUCAUCGGCCACAGACAGACUCCCUCGACCUGGAAUGGCGUUCAGGCGUGGCGGGCCACUUGAUUCUCUCUGAUGAAGAUCUGACGUCUGUGGUACAGGGCAGCUGGAAGCGCCUCAAUACCCUUCAGCAUUACAAGGUACCUGAUGGUGCAAUGGUGGCACUGGUUCCUCGUCACAGCAAGCACACGCAUCAUGACACUCAUGACUAUGUGGUUGGAGAGAAGACGCCCAUGUUGGAGGAUGCUGACGAGGGUGGGGUGCGGCUCUGGCACCUGGUGAAGGCCAGCGAGGAGCCAGAGAUGCCAAGGCACCGGCGUGGCAGCCUGAGGGAGAGGGAGCGGGCAAAGGCCAUCCCCGAGAUCUACCUCACACGCCUGCUCUCCAUGAAGGGCACCUUGCAGAAGUUUGUGGAUGACCUGUUCCAGGUAAUUCUUAGCACCAGCAGGCCCGUCCCUCUGGCCGUCAAGUACUUCUUCGACAUGUUGGACGAGCAGGCAGCGCAGCAUGGAAUCUUGGACCCAGAGACCAUUCACAUAUGGAAAACCAACAGUUUGCCUUUGAGAUUCUGGAUCAACAUCAUCAAGAAUCCCCAGUUCAUUUUCGACGUUCAGGCCUCGGACAACGUGGACGCCGUCCUGUCCGUCAUCGCCCAGACCUUCAUGGACUCCUGUACGAUUGCAGAGCACAAGCUGGGCAGGGACUCCCCCAUUAAUAAGCUGCUGUAUGCCCGAGACAUCCCACGGUACAAACAGAUGGUAGAGAGGUACUAUGCUGAUAUCCGACAGACCAUUUCUGCUAGUGACCAGGAGAUGAAUUCUGCUCUAGCUGAGCUUUCCAGGAAUUAUUCAGGAGAGCUGAAUUACCUUGUGGCUCUUCACGAAUUGUACAAAUACAUCAACAAAUACUAUGACCAGAUCAUCACGGCUUUGGAGGAGGACACCACUGCCCAGAAGAUGCAGCUGGGAUACAGACUCCAGCAGAUCGCAGCCGCUGUGGAAAACAAAGUAACAGACUUGUGAUAAAAAGGGAAUCCUGGGAGGCAAAGCAGCCAAGGAGGAAGAAAGUGCUGGGCAAAUUGGCCUGGUUGGACAGGGUCCUCCUCACUUCCCCACAGACUAAGCGGAGGAGGAAAGCAUAGAGAGGAACUCCUUCUGACCGUCCUUGCCACCUCGUGGUUGUCACAUGGAUGCUCAGUGUUUACUUCCUCUAUUUGGGCAUCUUUGUCGGGCCAAUCACAGACCACACAUUUUGUCUGCUGCACCAACUGAACAAGCGGUGGACUCAAUUGCAACAGAAACUAUGAGGGCCACCCUGCUCCCACAGACAUCAGCACACAGGAUCACAAGUGCAAAGAGUUUCAUCUCGGCGGCAACAAAUAGAUAAGUGAACAAGAAGCAGACAUACGGCACCUUGCAGCAUUAACGAGUAGCAGGAUAAGCAAGUCCAGAUUCAUUUCAUGUACAUGUAUGUAUUACUCAGUGAAAGGUUGGAAAAAAGCCUCUGUGUCUAGGGAAGUAUAGUUUCUGUAAUUUCAAGCAACCUUCUUUCGAUGAUUUAGAAGUUUCCCCAUCGGGAAAUUUCAAAUGGCACUGGAGCCUCUGACACCCUAUUGAACGUGUUUGUGUUUGACAUUACUUGUAAAUAUCUCACUCUCUAAUGCCCAUUUUGUCACAUCCCAGUGUUAUAGUAUCUCUUGUGCUGUUAGUCCAAUACUUUAAAAGAAAUCAAGCCAUUAAAGUUUGACCAUUUAAGCUGGAUAAACUAGUUUGUUGUCAAACCAGACUUUCCCGCACCGUAUUGAAACCCAUUAGCCUUGUGUUUUAUUCUACCUCUUCAAUGAUUACACAACCAACUGAAAGGCACAUGCUUUUUAAAAAAGAACUGUUUUCCAUCAAAUUACUGAAGAACGAUGUCUGAAUAUCACAUUCAUCCUUAUACAUUUGGCUACAGAAGCAAAAGUUUUAUAGCAAAUUCUAUUGUUGCCUUUGUGAAUCUGUGCCAGUCAAAAGCGUACUUAACCUCUUCCCAAAGAAGAGAACUUUUCUGGAACUAAAUGUGCUGGCACCUUAAUUUGAUCUGUGAUGCAAAUUUAAAAGGGGUCUUUCUAAUUCAGAGUGUAUCAUCAAUUUUGAGCUUGUCACUGCUUUGACCUUUUAAAAACAGUUGCAGCUGAACCCAACUAACAUUAAAACCAAAACUUUAAUUAAAUACUGACUAAAGCAAAGCAUUCCAGGCUUUUCCCCAGUCUGAAGUCUUUAGAAGCACUUUGAUAAAUUUUUUGCACAUGGGCCAUUAAUCAAUAGGUGUAUACAUGUCAUUUUGGCUAUAACUUGCAUCCUCAAAAUUAUUUUUAGCACGUUUUACUUAGUUCUUUCUGACAUAAUUGUUAAUAAUUAUUUUUAAGAGAUAUUUUUAAUCAGUCAUUGUGAAUAACACUCUUUUUAAUGGCAGUAUAACAAACUGCUGUACACUUAAGUACAAGGCAGCAUACUGACUGUAGUUCCUUGUACAAACAGCAGAUGUCAGUAACCAUAUGCAACAUCCAUCCAUCCAUCCAUCCAUCAAUCCAUCUUCUGUGAAAGGGUGGCUACAGUUAGUCUGACUGGUGUCUCUAAAUUCCCUGAACUAUGUAUAUGAGUGUAUGUGCAGUGUGCAGCCCCCACCCCCCAAGCCUUGACCUGAAUAAGCAGUUGGAAGAUGGAUGGAUGGAAUCUAUCAGUUGUUUCUAGACACCAAGAGACAAUCUGUUCUUGAAAUGUCAUAUAAGGGAUUUUUCUCAAAACAUGCUUCCUAAUUUCUGCUUCCUAAUUUCCUUUUUGUAUUUUUAUGGAUGUGAGAUUUCUCCCGGUUUAAAAGAAAUUUGGGAAUAUUUACGUACAAAUUCUUAAAUGUUUGACUGCUACGGUUACUCAUAUCCUACAGAAAAAUGAAUGUCUUAAAGUUUACCAUUAUUUGUUGUAAAAGUUGCUCUUACUUUUCAAAGUACUGCUUCUAUUGAUUCAUAUAGGAAUGGUGACAAAUGUUGAAUAAACAACUGUAAAAUCAUUAACAGCACAGUGGUACAUUAUUGACUAAUCUCUAAAUGCAACUAAUUUGACCUCAUGGUAUAUGGUAUUAAAUAUCUGUAAAACAAGUAAACAAGGAAUACUGCUGGAAACAUUGUGGGGGAGUUUAAGGGCUUUUGUUAAUAGUAUUGUAAAUAAUGAUUUAAUAAAUCCAGUGUCUAACUACUUAAUCUGUCUGAUAAGUGACAGUGGAUGUUCCUAGAGUUGGUGACAUAAUAAAAUAUUCUGUAAAAGAAA